AUGCCCUUUCCUGCGCUCGCAGCUGCUGGCUCGCCGGUCCCCGUUCCCGGUCUCGCAUUCGGCAGCGGGAGCACUUGGAGGACCAAGCCGCGACCCCUGAGCGACGACGGCACCGCGCCCGAGGUCGUCGAGGCCGUCGCGUCAGCCGUCGCCGCCGGCUUCCGACACUUUGACUGCGCCGAGGAUUACAAGACCGAGCGAUCCCUCGGCGCAGCGCUCGCGGCCGCCGGCGUCCCUCGCGACGAGCUCUUCGUCACGAGCAAGGUGUACCGCGCCCUGCCGCGCGUCGAGGACGAUGUCAAGCGCCAGCUGGGCGAGAUGCGCCUCGAUCAGUUCGACCUGUUCCUCAUUCACACGCCCAGGGCGGUCGUGGCGGCGGGCUUGACGCAGGCCGAGGCGUGGGCGCGGCUCGAGGGCCUCGUCGACAAGGGCUUGACCAAGGCCAUCGGCGUGAGCAACUACACGCCGGCCGACCUCGACGCCCUCCUCCCCUCGGCGCGCAUCCUGCCGACCCUCAACCAGAUGUCGCUCUACCCGUACACCUACCACCGCAAGCUCGCCACGAUCGAGUACUGCGAGUCGCGCGGCAUCCUCAUCGAGGCGUACGAGCUCGCGUCGUCGAUCAUCCGGCCGUCCGAGCAGGGCGGGCCGCUCGACCCGGUUCUCGAGCGCAUCGUCGACGAGCUCGAGGGCACAAGCGGCAGGCGAUGGACGCCUGGGCAGGUGCUCCUCGCGUGGGCGAGCGCAAAGGGCUGGGUCGCCGUCACGACGAGCUCGAAGCGCGAGAGGCAAGAGGAGUACGUCGCAGCUGGCGACAUCGCGCUCACGAAGGAGCAGGUCGACGCCAUCGACCGGGCGGGCAAGGAGGGGGCCGAGCGCGGCUUUGGCACGUACACGAGCUGGUCCUGAAGCGACGAAAUCGUGCAACGGUCUGUUCUGCAGUGC